AUGUACACAAUUCAGGAGGAGCUGAGUCCAGGGACCGUGGUGGCCAAUAUGAUAGCUGAGGAUCCUGAUGACGAAGGUUUUACCAGCCGCCUCCUCUACAGCUUUACUACUGUUAACAAGUAUUUCAUGAUAAACACACUGACUGGUACAAUCCAUGUGGCCAACAGGCUAGACCGAGAUGCACAUGAAUUGAGACAAAAUCCUAAAAUAUCUCUGGAAGUCCUGGUGAAGGAUAGGCCUCAAGGGGGCCAGGAGAAUCGCGCCCAGAUAACCUUCAUUGUUGAAGACAUCAAUGACAACCCUGCUACUUGUAGCAGGUUCACCUUCAGCAUUAUGGUGCCUGAAAGAGCAGCCAACGGGACGUUGCUUCUGGACCUGAACAAGUCCUGCUUUGAUAAUGACAGCGAAGCACCCAACAACAAAUUCAACUUCACCACACCAUCUGGAGUGGGCAGCAACAGCAGAUUUUUACAGGAUCCAGCUGGCUCUGGGAAAAUUGUGUUGAUUGGUGAUCUAGAUUAUGAAAAUCCAAGUAAUCUGGCAUUCGGCAAUAAAUACUCCAUGAUAAUCCAAGUGCAGGACGUUGCUCCUCCUUACUAUAAAAAUGACAUCUACAUUUAUAUCCUAACAAGCCCAGAAAAUGAGUUUCCUCUCAUUUUUGAUAGGCCAUCCUAUGUAUUCAACGUGUCAGAAGUUAGUUCAGCCCCGGAUCACCUACCUAAUCCAGAGGAAAAAUGUGUAUUCUCCAUCUGCGUGGUAUGUGCCUUUUGUCAUCACCUUGGGCUCCAUGUUGCUUCUGGGUUUCCUGGUGUCCUUGAUCAUCAUGUUGGUCAAAGCCAUCCACAGAUACUGCACCUGCAAGCCCAGGAAGGCCAAGAAAUCUCUGAAACAAUCCAGAUGAAUUCAGUCUUUGAUGGAGAAGCCGUAGACCCAGGUAAGAUCUCGGCCAAGAGUUUCGUCUUGGUCGGCAAGAUGAACAUAAGGUGA